AUGCCACCAUCAAACCAGCUUCCUGAAGAUGAAAUCAACCAAAAGUUACGAGAAAUUUAUGUUAUAGCGAAAACUGACACGUCGAGACCAAGAACUCUUCAACCAUUUUGGGAUCAAUAUUGUGAUUGGUUAAAAAUUGGGAAGAUUUUUGAUUCACAAUCCCAAGUAGAAUAUGGGAUCGCGAAAGGUGAAUUUCGUGAUUUAAAUAAAAGGUUAAAAGAAUCAAACCAAGCACCAAUUUCAAUAACAAAUUUUCAAUCUCAUAUGCAAUUACCAGAAUGCGUUAGAUACCUAAGUUCUUUAUCCAAUAAACUUUUAAAAACCAAACUAGGAGCUUUAACAUAUUUUAAAGUCCUCUUUUUGUUAUUACAAUAUAUUUUAAAUAUUGUAUUUAUUUCUCAACAAUUAAAUGAAUUGAUUGAUUUUAACGCUGAUUCGUUACAAGAAUCUAUAAGUAAAGAUAUCAAUUUACCUAAGACGAGAGAGGAGUACUUCAAAUCAUCAAUAGGGAUUGGAUAUCUGCUUGAAUUUUCAUUUUUAGCCACUUUAAUAUUCACGACGAUACUUCAAUUAAUUACAUUUCUCAUAACGACUUCUAUUAUAAAUAAGGGAAUCGCAUUUCUAAAUUUCAUCGAGAAUAUACAAAAAACUGCAGAAUUUUCAUUAUUUAAAUUUAUUCAUUUAUUAAAUCCAUCAUCUUAUAUAAUGGAAUUUCAUGAACCUCCUUUAUUAAAAUUUAUAACAAAUGCGGUUAAAUUUACAUUACGCAAACCAAAUUAUGAACUAAAAAAAUUUGUAUUAAUUUAUAAAUUAUUUUAUACCUUUAUAGUCAAACCAAUAUUUUCAUUAUUAGGUUUAAUGGCUCUUUAUAUCAAAUUAAUUCAAGUUUCCACUUCUUUAGAAUGGUUAAAUAGAUUAAAUUAUGCUUCAUUAUUCGUUGAAAGUUGGAAUCAUUAUACCUAUCUUUUAAAUUUUUUGGGUUUGGCUAAUAACAUUGCUGGUUUAUAUGGUUUACAACCUAAUGAAGAAAGGCAAGCUUUCUUUGACAUACAUAAAAUUCAUGAAUAUGAUUUUGUUUAUUCUUUAAUUGAUCAGAAAAAACAAUUUUAUAAGCGUUAUUGGAAUCUUACUUUGUAUGCCGUUGGUAUCGAUUAUAAAGAUUUAAUUGAAAUUUUUUGGGAUGAGGUUUAUGGUCCUGAUGAUGACGAACCUUUGGUUGAAAUGGUAUCUGAACCACUUGAAAUCAUCUCAACAGAAUCUUAA